AUGGUGUUUCUGCCCAAUCUUCUUGGAGGUAUUGGGGAUGUUCUUGGCGAUAAAUUUGUUGUGCCUGGGCAGAAAGAUAUAGUGGUGGUGCCUAGUUCUUCAAAGGCAUCACCUUCAUCGUUUAUUGGCUUGCUCUUAGUUGAUCCUGGUUCUAGCUCGGUGCUUGGGGGUGCACUAGGCUUGGCGGUUACUAAGGAUUCCUUAUUGUCAGAAGACAUUGCCGCCCAUGAGUGGAGUAGUUGUGCUCAUCUACCGGCCACAAUGGAGUUGCAUGCGGGCCAGUCAGGCACUCGUAUGGCUGGUGACCUUUGA